CCGACACUGUCUGCUUCCCUGGCCUCUCUCCGCUGCUGUAUUGCCAAGAUGUCGCUUUCUAACACGCUGACUCUGGACAAACUGGACGUGAAGGGGAAGCGGGUCGUUAUGAGAGUGGACUUCAAUGUUCCUAUGAAGAACAACCAGAUAACAAACAACCAGAGAAUCAAGGCUGCCAUCCCAAGUAUCAAAUUCUGCUUGGAUAAUGGAGCCAAGUCAGUUGUUCUCAUGAGCCACCUUGGUCGGCCUGAUGGUGUCCCCAUGCCUGACAAGUACUCCUUGGAGCUAGUUGCUGCAGAACUCAAAUCUCUGCUGGGCAAGGAUGUUUUGUUCUUGAAGGACUGUGUGGGCCCGGAAGUGGAGAAAGCUUGUGCUGACCCAGCUGCUGGGUCUGUCAUUUUGCUGGAGAACCUUUGCUUUCAUGUGGAGGAAGAAGGGAAGGGAAAAGAUGCUUCUGGGAACAAGGUUAAAGCCGAAACAGUUAAAGUAGAAGCCUUCCGAGCUUCACUUUCCAAGCUAGGGGAUGUCAAUGAUGCUUUUGGCACUGCUCACUGAGCCCACAGCUCUAUGGUGGGAGUCAGUCUGCCACAGAAAGCUGGAGGUUUUUUGGUGAAGAAGGAGCUGAACUACUUUGCCAAGGCCUUGUAAAGCCCAGAGCGACCAUUCCUGGCCAUCCUGGGCGGAGCUAAAGUUGCAGACAAGAUCCAGCUGAUUAAUAAUGUGCUAGACAAAGUCAAUGAGAUGAGUAUUGGCGGGGGAAUGGCUUUUACCUUCCUUAAGGUGCUCAACAACAUGGAGAUUGGCACUUCUCUGUUUGAUGAAGAGGGAGCCAAGAUCGUCAAAGACCUGAUGGCCAAAGCUGAGAAGAAUGGUGUGAAGAUUACCUUGCCAGCUGACUUCGUCACUGCUGACAAGUUUGAUGAGAAUGCCAAGACUGGCCAGGCCACGGUGGCCUCUGGCAUACCUGCUGGCUGGAUGGGUUUGGACUGUGGUCCUGAGAGCAGCAAGAAGUACGCUGAGGCUGUCGCUAGGGCUAAGCAGAUUGUGUGGAAUGGACCUGUGGGCGUAUUUGAAUGGGAAGCUUUUGCCCGAGGGACCAAAGCCCUCAUGGAUGAGGUGGUGAAAGCCAUUUCCAGGGGCUGCAUCACCAUCAUAGGUGGUGGAGACACUGCCACUUGCCGUGCCAAAUGGAAUACAGAGGAUAAAGUCAGCCAUGUGAGCACUGGGGGUGGUGCCAGUUUAGAACUCCUGGAAGGUAAAGUCCUUCCUGGGGUGGAUGCUCUCAGCAAUGUUUAGUACUUUUCCUGCCUUUUGGUUCCUGUGCACACCCCCUAAGUCAACUUAGCACUUUCCGCAUCUCUACUU